AAUUUAUAAAUUUAUUACUUACGUACUCUGUGAGCACGACAUAAUAUUACUAAGUACUAACACUUAUUUGGGUGGAUACAUCUCGGGACACUGUUCAUUGUUUUUAAACAAUUUGUACUCUGGAAUUUGAUCAGGUCAUCAAUAAACAAUGAUGAUAAUGAUUAUAAUGUAGAUAUAACAUGCAAGAUAGCAAAAUUAUAUUAAAAGUUACAUAACUUUGAGAAUAAUUUAGUAAGUUUUUAGAAGAUAUAAAUAAAUUAAUGCUAAUCAUUUAUUACGCAUAGAUCAGCGCAUAUAAUAUAUACAGCUUGCGUACUAAGAAUGUGUAUACUAUUUAUUUACAACGCCUUUGAUGAUCAUGAAAGUGACUACAGUUUAAUAAUAGCUAGUAACCGAGAUGAAUACUAUGACCGUGCGACAAAAAAUAUGUGCUCAUGGGAAGAACAUCCACAUGUUUAUGGUGGGAGGGAUAUGGAAGCAUCAUGUCAAGGCACCUGGUUAGCAUAUUCAACAUUGCAAAAUAAAGUUGGAGUCUUACUCAAUUUGCCUGGUGUUAAAAAAGUAAAUGCCAAAAGCAGAGGUAAAAUAGUAGCAGAUUAUGUUGCAAAUAAUUUAACAACCAAUUCUUAUAUACAAACUAUACAAAAUUAUGUUCAAGACUGCAAUGAGUUUAUAUUAGUAGCAAUAGAGUUUAGGAAUACAAAGCCCAUGAUUCAGUCAUAUAAUAAUGCUACAAAUGAAUUAGAGAAAUGGGAUGAAGCUUGUGUAGGUUUUUCGAAUAGCCUCCCAAAUAAACCUCUGAAAAAGGUAGAUGAAGGGAAGAGAAAGAUGAAAGAAAUAUGUGAGGAUCACAAACAGCUUAAAAAUAAGAAAAUGUUAGUUGAAAAGCUUAUUGAUCUAUUGAAAUGGGAAGAGAAGCAUCUUCCUGAUCUUGAGCUUCAAAAGAAAAAGCCAAAUGAUUAUCAUUGGUUCAGUUCAAUUUAUGUUGCCAUUCCUCCUGUACGCUAUGGUACCAGAACCCAUACUGUGAUGCUUGUUACGAAGACUGGACAUGUGGAUCUUAUAGAAAUAACUUUACAGUCACCAGUUGAUAUUUCAAAGCCAGAAUGGGAAAGAUGCCAUUUUCAAUUUAAUAUGAAACAUGAUAAUGAGAUGUAAUAUAAAAGAAUGAUAAAUUAAGAAAAAACAUGAUUACUUUCUAUUUUAUUUUU